CUGCUGGAAGAAGCGAGACCUUACUUGCUUCCUGCACUCAUGGGCAGUGGCGCCAGUGCUCCCGAGCCCCCAGUUCCACGGAUCCGGAGGUCCAUAUCAGAGGCACAGGCCAAGAUCCCGUCAGCCUGGCCAGUUUGAAGGGCAGACUACGACGGGGACACGCUGCUUUCAGCAGAUGUGGGUGGAACAGGAUCUCGACUGCACCUCUUCCUUCCCCCGCCGACGAUGAACCCCACCACCGCGGAUUUCUUCGUACCUCCUGACAGGAUGAUCUUCGAGAAACAGUACAAGAAUGAGAAGUUCGAGUCCUUUAUGGAGGUGCUCCGUACUUUUCUGCUGGAAGCUGGCUUGGUGAAGCCACCAAUGCUGGCGUGCCUGGCCGUGGCGGGGGUGGUUGUGGAGAACACGGCCAGGUUCGUGAAUCUAGGUUGGGAAAUCAGCGGGCGCAAGAUCGAAGAGGUACUCAAGAUUGAGCGCGUGGAGCUCAUCAAUGAUUUUGUGGCGCAAGGCUAUGGUAUCUUGACGCUGAACCCUACCAAGGACUGCCAGGCUCUCCAAGCGGCUCCAAUUAAGGAAGGCGCCCCCAUCGCCGUGAUCGGCGCGGGGACUGGGCUAGGCGAAGCCUUUCUUACUGUGGGCGCCGAGGGCGAUUAUGAGGUGUGGCCAUCUGAGGGUGGGCAUGCCGAGUAUGCCCCACGCCAGGAAGGAAGCAACUCCCUGGAGACCGAAUUAAGGCAGUACCUGCUCAUCAAAUACAGCGAGAAGGCUCGCGUGAGCGUGGAACGAGUUGCCGCUGGCCGAGGCAUUGCAAAUAUUUACGAGUUCCUGGCUUGGAAGUAUCCGGAGAAGGUGAACAAGUCGGUGCAUCGCAGCUUCCUGGGGCCCAUCGAGGGGCCGAGGACCUUCGACCCCGCUGCCAUCACCAAAGCUGCCGUGGCAGACCGUUGCGAGCUGAGCAAGCAAGCCGUGAACAUCUGGGCCGGCGCGUACGGUGCAGAGGCUGGCGCGGUGGCCUUGACCUACAUGCCCUUUGGUGGCCUCUACUUGACCGGCGGCGUUACGGCAAAGAUGAAGGACUGGCUUAGCGGCAAGACCACGGGCCAGAGCACCUUCCUGGAGGCCUUUCUUGACAAGGGUCGCGUCACGCCAAUGCUCAUGAGGGUGCCAGUCCUCGUGGUUGAGGGAGAGGACAUGGGCGAGCGUGGGGCCAUGUUGAAAGCCGUGCGCCUCUACCUGGAACAGCAGCGGCGGAGGCGCCCGUCGCAAGCCUCCAAGUCCCGGGCGGCGCCCGCCUUCGUGGUGAAGCCGAAUCUCAUCUCUGCAACAUCUCCAGGUGGAGGUCCCGAUGUGGCCACGUUGAGUGAAGUGCCAGAAGAGUGAGCUCGAUUCUGCUGGACUCGCGACUCGCGAGCAUCACCUGCUCUACAUGGAUUUCCGUGCAGAGUCGGUACACAAGGCCAAGCUUCAUUUCUGGCCCAGUUUGGUUCAACUACAGGUGGCACUGCUUUGAGUUUGG